UCUCUUCUUGCCCCUCUCCCUACAACUUACGCAGCCUAGCUAGUAGCUAGUUACAUCCCCGCAGUUCUUCCAGAGUUUAUGCUUGACUUAUUGGAUGGAGGCGGAUAAUAUAAGAAUUGAACUGGAAGCACUAGAGCUCGUGUUUAAUGAUGCGAGUUCAGAGCCGAUGAAACUGUCUUAUGGACUUUUGAGAUCUAUUACGGACAAUUUUUCUAAUGAAAUUGGUUGUGGUGGGUUUGGACUUGUUUACAUGGGAUAUCUGCGAAAUGGGAAAGUUGCUGUGAAGAAGUUUUCUAAUCCCCAUGCUUUGCCAGAUAAGCAAUUCUUGAGUGAGAUCACAUGCAUACAGAAGGCGAAGCACCAGAAUAUAGUAAGAUUUAUAGGCUAUUGUUCAGAAAUGCAUGGGGAAUUGCUUGUACAUAAUGGAGAAAAUGUAAUGGCGGAGGUACAGAAGAAGUUGCUCUGCUUUGAAUAUGUUCCUAAUGGUGACAUUCGACAAUAUCUUCAACAAGGGAAUACUCAUGGAGAUGACUGGUCCGUACGCUACCAAAUGAUUAGAGGAAUUUGUCAUGGGUUGCACUGUCUUCAUGACAAGCAGAUUAACCAUCUUGACCUCAAACCUGAAAAUAUUAUGUUGGAUGCUAAUAUGGAACCAAAAAUUUCCGACUUUGGUUUGUCAAGAUUCUUAGAUGAAGGACAAUCCAAAAUGUUUACGAAGCACAUAGUUGGAACACUGUAAGCUAAGUUGUCCGGUUGACAUCACUAUUUGUUGAAUUGUUUUUGCCGAAUGGUACUUCAAAUUAACAAUCACACCAAUCCAUGCUGGCGAUAUAUUGCACCGGAAAUCAUAGAUAAAGGAGAAAUAUCAUUCAAGUGAGACAUGUAUGCUUUGGGCAUUGUUAUCAUAGAAUUAUUAACGAGGACCAGUAUGAUAAGUCUUGACAAUGUAAGGAGAAGUUACUUAACUUGCUACUCGACUUCCCUAAAUUAUGGAAAAUUUGUA